AUGAAAAAGAUAAUCCACAUUUCGUUUUUCUUCCUCUCCCUGCUGAUACUUACUCGUGAGUACAAACUGACAAGCGGAAAAAUUACGAGUCACGCUCGUGGCAAUUUAACAAUCGGUUCAGUAGAUAGUAACUGGGUGAGUGAUGAGAAGGGCAUCAAAGAAUACAAAGAAAGCAAUGAUGAUGUAGAGGAGGAAGGGGAGAGUUUCAGAGAGGGUGGGUUGGGCACCCAUGUAGGGAGCAACGAAACGGAGGAAGGUCCCUUGGAUGAGGGGGGUGACACCGACGUUGUGGAAAAUCAGCAGCAUGAAGAAAGUGUUAACUCUGCGGAUGUGCCAACCUCAGGGGGAGAUGGUGAAGUGGACGAUGAAGAGGUAGACGGUGAGGAAGUGGACAAUGAGGAAGUGGACGGUGAGGAAGUGGACGAUGAGGAAGUGGACGGUGAGGAAGUGGGCAAUGAGGAAGUGGACGGUGAGGAAGUGGACGGAGACUUGGUGGAUACAGACGUGGUGGAUACAGACAUGGUGGACGACGAUGAAGAGGUAGAGCACGAGCAGAUCGAUUACGAACAGGUGGACGAUGACGCGGGAGACGAUCCCAAUUGGGACGAAACGCACGAGUCAGCACCAACCGAGGCAGAAAGCGCGGGGCGAAGCAGACCUUAUCACCAUAGAAAAAACGAGACAAAUGAUGAGGAACAGGGAAACAUCGAUAUGGAUGCAGUAAAAAUGGAGACGCAUAAACGGAGUGGCGGAGACUCAGGGAGACAAAACAAUGCCAUGCCUGUGGAUGCAAACCAUCUGGAAGGGGCAAACGAGGAAGGCGAAGAAGAAAAGUAUCCAGAUGGUGGAAGCAGCACUGGGGGUGUGGACAGAGAAAGUGGGGAAAGCACCCCCUUAGAAGGUAAAGAAGUGGGCAAUAUAGACGAGCAGGACGAUGAAGAAGAAGACGGAGGAGAAACGAAAGAACCGGAAGAAGGGGGAGAAGAAGAACGCUCAGUUCCAACAAGUGAUGCCAAGGCACACGAUCUGCUUAUCGGAGAUUAUAAAAAUGAGAAUGACAUUAAGAAGGAAGCCGGUGCUUUAGUCGAAAGGAUGAUUAAAAUGCUGGAUGAAAGCGGAAGGGAUAAUGAG